AUGAGCAAGCUGCUCACAAAUCAGCCUGGAGCUGCAGUCUUGAGUGCCCAGGUGCACACUCCUGUGCUCCAGGGCCAUUAGAAAGAGAACGUCAGUGGGACGCUGGGGCGCACAAGGGUCUGUACAGCCCUGCUACAUGGCCAGGUCUGCCCCUUCCAGGACAGCACUGAUGGCUUGGGCACCACCACCUCCAUUUUGUUCACCUGGCCUCCUGAAAACAAUUCAGUUUGCUGCCAGGCCCUGCAACGGUCAACUUUCUGGAUAAAGCUGGCCAGCAAUACCUUCGCCUGGCCUGGACUGGGCUUGGAGGACCAUCAGGAAAUUGUCCUAGGCCAGUUGGUGCUUCCGGAGCCCAAGGAGGCCAAGCCAGAAGAUCCUGCUCCACUUCCUGGGCAACACCCAUUAACAAUGCUGGCCCUGGAGCCAGCACCACCACUGCUGGCGGACCUGGGGCCUGCUCUGGAGCCAGAGUCACCUGUAGCCAUGGAUGCACAAGGAUAUCUACAUUCAGCACCAGCACCAGCACCAGGGGAAGGGCCCCCUCCAGGAACAGUGCUGGAGCCACAGUCAGCCCCAGAGUCACCCUGUCCCUGUGGCGGGACUGUCAAGAGCCAACACACUGAAGAGCUGCCUGACAUCACGACCUUCCCUCCCAGGCUGCUGGCAGAGCAGCUGACCCUGAUGGAUGCGGAGCUGUUCAAGAAGGUGGAGCUCUACGAAUGCUUGGGCUCCAUCUGGGGCCAACGACACCAGAAGGAGAGUGAGCACGUGGCACCCACAGUUUGUGCCACCAUUGCACACUUCAACAGGCUCACCAACUGUGUCACCACCUCCUGCCUCAGGGACCAGAGCAUGAGGGCCCGGGACAGGGCCAGGGUGGUGGAGCACUGGAUCAAGGUGGCCAGGGAGUGCCUAAGCCUCAACAACUUCUCCUCAGUGCACGCCAUCGUCUCUGCUCUCUGCAGCAACCCAAUACAUCGGCUACACAAGACAUGGGCAGGAGUGUCCAGCAAAAGCAUAAAAUAUCUAAAAGAACUCUGCAAAAAAGACACUGCAGUGAAGAGGGACCUGCUGAUCAAGGCGGGGAGCUUUAAGGUGGCCACCCAGGAGAGGAACCCCCAGAGAGCCCAGAUGAGGCUGCGGAGGCAGAAGAAGGGCGUGGUCCCCUUCCUGGGGGAUUUUCUGACUGAGUUACACAGGUUGGAUUCGGCCAUCCCGGACGAUCUGGAUGGCAACACCAACAAGAGGAGGAAGGAGGUCCAAGUUCUGCAGGAAAUGCAGCUGCUCCAAGUGGCUGCCAUGAAUUACAAACUUCGGCCUCUGGAGAAAUUUGUCACCUGUUUCUCAAGAAUGGAGCAGCUCAGUGACAAGGAGAGGUGGGGUUUCAUGAUGAUGUCCAGGCUGGUCUCAAACUCCUGGCCUCAAGCAAUCCACCCACCUCAGCCUCCCAAAGUACUGACAGUACAACUACAAGCUGUCCUGUCAGCUGGAGCCCGAAUCCCAGUAGGCCGGAAACAUCCUGCAGUGGCUGGGGCCCCACUGGGAUGCUGGCCAGAACACCGGCUCUGCACCAUCCUUCACCCAGACCGACACCAGGGAACCACAUCUAGGUGGCUGGCGGCUCAGCUGCAUCUGGCCCCUGCUCUUCAACACCAGCUGCUCCUGCUGGCCAGGAUCAGGCCAUGGGUCUUUUGCCAGGCAGAUGGGAGACCAUUUUAUCUUUAUUUUCUUUAG